AUGCAGAACUCCUACUACAGCCGAAAGCAUCCCUGGCGCUGUGUCCCGCCAGAGGCAGCCGGCUGUGGGGCCUGGGCUAAAAGCUUGUCAGCCCGGAGAGGGCAGACAAGAUCAUGUAGGGGAGCUGUGACCCCAGCACUGGCCAGAGAUCCCGGAGUCCUCACUCCUGGUCUGGGGACCGAACCCGCCGAACUGGGCCGCCCCUUCUCCCAUACGCACUCCUUGCACCUGGAGCCCGACCUAUCGGCUCGCGUCUCCGCCUCCUUGGCUUCACAAUCUCGCUGCUUGUCCCACCCUACCUGGACCCAGUAUCGGCUGCGAACGCGACUGCACCAUCCUUCUUGCUCGGCUCCGGAAGGCGCCCCGGAAGCCAUAGAGGUGCUGGUCCUGGCCGGAUACAGCGCGCAGAAAAAGGACGAGCUGAGCCUGGCGCACGGGGACGUGGUCCGGCAGGUGUGCAAUGGGCCCGCACGGGGCUGGCUGCGUGGAGAGCUGGGGGGCCGUUGUGGCCUCUUCCCCGAGUGCCUGGUGCAGGAGAUCCCUGAGACUCUCCGCGGCUCGGGGGACGCGCCGAGACCGCGCUGUGCGCGCCGCCGAGGUGAGAGCGUCGAAUCUCCGGGCCACCGAAGAUAGUGCAAAGUGAACUUCAGCUACAGCCCGGAGCAGGCUGACGAGCGGAAGCUGCAAGCUGGGGAGAUUGUGGAAGUGAUAAAGGAGAUUGAGGACGGCUGGUGGCUGGGGAAGAAGAACGGGCAGCUGGGAGCCUUCCCAUCCAACUUUGUGGAGUUGCUGGACAGUGGGCCCCCAAGCCUUGGUAACCCAGACAUGCCUUCAAUCAGCCUUGGUCCCCAGCGGGCUCCCAAGCUGAGCAGCCUGACCUAUGACAGCCCUCCAGACUACCUGCGGACAGUCUCCCACCCUGAGACCUACCGGGUCCUGUUUGACUACCAUCCCGACGCCCCAGACGAGUUGGCGCUGCGGAGGGGGGACGAGGUGAAAGUACUGAGGAAGACCACAGAGGAUAAGGGCUGGUGGGAAGGAGAGUCUCCAGGCAGAAGAGGACUUUUCCCAGAUAACUCUGUGCUCCCACCACCCCCGGUCAAGAAGCUGGUCCCACGGAAAGUGGUAUCCCGGGAAUCAGCUCCUAUUAAGGAACCCAAAAAGAUGAUGCCCAGAACAGCCCUCCCUACGGUCAAGAAGCUGGUGACAGCCCCGACUGGGCCAAGCAAAGCCAAGCCAUCUUGGACACCCAGCGGAGACAGUCAGAAGCGCCCUUCCCGAAACUGCAGCUCCAGCAGCAGUCUCCUCAGUGGGUGUCCAGGCCAGAGUGGCAGAAAGCGAGCCCAAACCCAGGCUUCACAGCAACAACCCCCAUCCCCACAGGGCGAAGAGCAGAGCAGCCUUACAAAGGCCCCUUGUGUGAAUAAAACUCCAACUCUGGACAAGACCCCCAGCCUAGAGAAGACCCCAUCUCCGGAUAAGGCUGGCAGCCCAGAGAAGACCUCAUCUCUGGACAAUGCCCGCAGCCCGGAGAAGACCUUGUCUCCAGAUAAGGCCCCCACUCCAGAGGAAUCCCUAACUUCAGAUAAGGUCCCUAUCCUAGAGGAGACCCCAACUCUGGAGGACAAAGCCCCCAGACCAGACAGGGUCUUUUCUGUGCAUGAGGUCCCGGUCCCAGAAGUCCCACCUGGUCCAGAGAUGGCCCCUCCUGGGGACGAGGCCCACACCCUAGGAAAGGUCUUGACCACCAAACAGGUGCUCUCUGAAGAGACCUCCACCCGAGACAACACUCAGUUCCGUCACUUCUCUCCGGAGGAAGCCCUGCUAAACGCCAGGUCUCUUGGGGCCAGUGAGGCUCAAUCCCAAGAGGAGGUUCACAUGCCAGAGGAGCAUCCCCUCUGCACGGUGAAACGUCCCCCGGAUAAGACGGACAGCUCCCCUCUCCAGUCCGAGUCCAAGUCCAAGUCAGGGUCUAUGCCUGCCCUUGAGAAGGCCUACCUCCAGGAAGAGGCUACCACUCUCCUGGAGGAGGCACCAGCGAAGGAUGAGGCUACCCCCAAAGAGGAGGUGUCCCCCGAAGAGGUAUCCCCUGCUCAGAAGAAUCCACAUCCUAUCGUGCUGACUCCAGAGCCCCAAAUGACUCCCACCCUCCACCCCUCGGCCCCGCAAAAUCUCACAGAUAGCAAAAGUGACAGAGACGACAUGAGGAUAAAGGACGAGGUGGAGGCUUUAAGGAGGUCGCUGGAGCUGAUGGGGGUGCAGCUGGAAAAGAAGCUGACUGACAUCUGGGAGGAGCUGAAGAGCGCGAGAGAGAAGCGCGUGUUGCUGGAGGUUCAGAUGACACGGAGGACCCAGGAGUCCCGGAACCUGGGCUCCAUCCACGCGCAGGCGCAGACGCAGACGCACUGAGGGUGGGCCCGGGAGGGACUACGGCGGGACCUGGAGCGAAGUCGGGCUCCGGCCACCCACGUCCUUGCACACGAUUUUGGGAAACGCAAGAAAGUAAACUCUGCCGUGUACGCGCGCCACGCCUCCCUGGUCCCUGCAGGGCGGGGUCUGCGCGGCGGGGCGGGGCUGGCGUUCCGCGCUCCGGUCCCUCCGCUUUCCUGGCAGCCGCUCCUGGGCACAUCUGGCCAACAUGUGGCUUCCAUUACCGUUCCCAAGGCCUGCGCAUGGCUAUUUUUAUCCACCGGAUGGCGAGGGGGGAGGGUGUCUCCUUCGGACGCUAGUCCCCGCGCUGGAGAAAUGGCCGGCAGGAGGGGCCCAGGAGGGGUCGGGCCUCUGCCCGGGGGCCGGAUUCCAGAAUCCAGCUGUGCGCCAGGGGAGGGGCCGGCGGGCCGGCUCUCCAGCCCGGAACCCUCCCAGUUGCCUUCACUGUCCGCUCUGGAACGCAGUGACACACGAACUCCACAGGCCAGCUCAGGCACCCCAGGUUACAUUGGGGCUAAUAGCGCCUUAGCGUCAAGGUUAGGGUUCCGAGGCCUUGUGUGCGUGCGCGCGCGCGCGCGUGUGUGUGUGUGAUUGCAAUGAUGCAUAAACCUAGGGCAUUUGUAGGGACAGGGGCAACGUGUACCCGGGCGUUUGCCGGUAAGGAAUGCAUUUGUAAGGAAUGCGGUUGAUUUUUGUGUGUGCGUCUGCGGUGAGGCGGUGGAGUGUGGGUGCAGGAGUGUGUUUUUGCCAUGUGUGAAUUGAACGCAAGCAUGUGUGCUGAGGCGUCGGGUGGGUGGAAGGAGGUGGUCAGCCUGGUAAAGGGGUCUCAGCCCUGGGGCCCCCUGCAUGGCAAGAUCUUGGGAGUCAUUAGGGGGAAGGAUAACAGAGGGAGACUGAGUCACUGAGAAUGCAGCUUUCAUUGGUCACGUCACCUCUUAACCGUCCCCCAGAGAGGGGAUGGGGACCCUGUGUCCUGCCCUACCCCCAGGGCCUUCUGGCUGGACGGGGGAAGGGUGUCUCCCAGGGGACGGGAAUCCAGGCCCAACAGCACCAGGGGAGCCG